ACAGAGAGAAUAUAUUGACAACACCGAAGGAGAAUAAGACCAUAAUGCUACACAUACCUACAGUGAGGUAUGUGGCGUGAAGUUAGGGUGUAUUACAUGUACAUCCAUGUAUUACCUCUCAAAAGAAGAACAUCUAGAUAAGUCAGGAUUUUGCAGCCUUAUGUUGCAGCCACUUCCAAAUGUGAUACAUUCGAUAAAGCGGUACAUGUUUUUGCCUAUUCUUCCUGAGAAAUAUAUAUAUUUUAACACACAUCGAUGAACCCCAAUUUAUCCACCCCUUCUUCAACCCAAGCUCCUUUGGUAUCAGCUGGAACUUUGAAAAAGCUCUUGUUCGCCUUCCCCUUAUUUGCCUAUCUUCAAGGAUUUUUCAAGGAUUUGGUUAUCUCCAUUAUGAAAACGGGCCCCGUACCCCAACAUGUAGCUGUGAUUAUGGACGGUAACAGGACCUUCGCCAGGAAACGCAACUUGCCUCUCAAAGAAGGUCACACUGCUGGAGCCGAAUCCCUUGUUGGUGUGUUGGAUGCGUGUUAUAGGCUUGGAGUUAGUUGUGUUACAAUCUAUGCUUUUUCAAUCGAGAACUUCCAUCGAUCAAAAGAAGAGGUCGACACCUUAUUUGGGCUCUUGCGGGAGAAGCUCAAUUAUCUUUCCCAAAACGAAGACAGCUAUGCUAUGUAUAACAAAGUCCAGGUAAAGAUUAUUGGCAAUAAGGCGAUGAUCCCCGAAGAUAUCUUGAAGGAUUUGGAACGUGUUGAGGAGAGAACAAAUCACAACUUCGGCAAAAGAGUGUUGAAUGUUUGUUUCCCAUACACAAGCAGAGAUGAUAUCACGGGUGCUAUUCGGUCCAUAUCUGAGAAGAGAAUUAACCAUGAGAUCAACAAGGAAGAUAUCAAUAUGGAUUUAUUGGACAUAAGUAUGUAUUUUGGACCGGAGACUCCCCCUUUGGAUAUCAUGAUCCGAACCAGUGGCCAUACCAGAUUGAGCGACUUUAUGAUUUGGCAAUGCAACUAUGAUUGUACUUUGGAGUUUGUGGAUACUUUAUGGCCCGAUUUUAAGUUCUUUGAUAUCAUGGCCAUUUUAUUCAAAUGGGGAUACUACAAAACGUUGGAAACCGAGAAACUCAAGCAUUUGGGCAAGAGAAAGGCAAAGUUGCACCAAACUGCCCAGGAUAUCUUGAAGGACCUUCCUGCUCAUCCUCCAUAUAGGUCAGUUUCUGAUCGGUGAAUCAAAGCGUCUUCAACACCUUUUUCACUUCCUUUUUCUUCCUUUCUACCGUCCUAGCAGUAUCAAUUUUGUUUAAGUAUCCCAAAUAUACAACCACUUCGGCUACCAACACGAGCAACCCAAAGAAAAGACACAUCAACACCCGAUAGCUAUCAGGAAGUGCCCAAGAACUUGCUGUCCAGUACCAAAUGGCAUAUACCACACUGGCGACACUGAUUAAAAUGUUGACAAUUGUAGUCAAAUAGUUUUUGAUUUCCUUGUUCAUUUGUGCUGGAGUUUGAACCUCAUGAGACUUGUCUUCAUAUAAGGUAUCAUAAUCUGCUCUGGCCGUCACAAGCUUUCUGUAUUCGGUUUCUUUGGCAUUCAAGCGUAAUCGUUCCAUCAAUUGGAGAUACUCCUUUGUUUUGGGCUUGGACUCUACCACAUUCUUAUUUGGUAAGUGGAUUUGGGAAAGCUUGAUGAGGUCCAAUAAGCUCAGAGUUGGUUUGAAUUUGUGAUAAAAGCGAAUCAAAUCCUUAUGCAGAAGGUACCCAUCGUUGUUUUUCAAUAGCUCCACAAGCUCCUCAGGGGGUACAGAAGCUUCCAAAACCUUCUUGAGGGUUUUGGUCAACACAAAUUGAGUCAUGGGCCUU